AUGUUGCUGUUAUUGUUACUAUCAGUGAUAUCAAUAGUGCCGCCAGUGUCCAUGUUAUUGGCGGCUGUUGGCUGCAGCAGUGGCGAUACAUCGCUGGCUGUGUCUUCGAUGUUCGGUGUUGUUUCGGAUCGUUCGUUCCAUGCAUGUGCCGGACUAGCUUCCAUCUUUUCACUGUUCCGCAAUCAUUACAUGUAUAAUUGCCUGAAAGAAUUUGAGUUGUCAUAA